AUGACCAAAAAUAUUGAUCAACGUAUUUGUGUUAAAUUUUGUGUUGCGAACGAAUUUUCGUGUGCCGAUACAUUGAAAAUGUUGCAGAAGAAUUUUGGCGAAUCUGCUUUAUCAAAAACGCCCACUUACGAGUGGUACAGGGCAGUCAAGGGGGGUCGGGAGACCGUCGAAGACUUGACUCGUUUUGAACGGCCUUCAUCGAGUAUGACCGAUGUUAACGUUGAAAAAAUGAAGGAAAUUGUUGCCGAAAAUGGCCAUGUGAGCUUGAGAGAGAUUGCCCAUAAAGUGGAGAUGUCACACCAGAGCGUACGUACGAUUAUACUCGUACACGAAAAAUUGGACAUGCUACGCGUUGCUGCAAGACUUGAGCCAAUUCAAAUCCCACCUUUAUGGAACGCAUAA